CGAGCAUUUGCCAUUUUAAAAUAUGGCGUUGAAUCUUGAAUCCAGUGUUGUCUGUCGUGUCGUUCAUUUUAUCGAGGAAAAAAUGUCUAGUGGUUCAGUUUAGCGAACAGUCCAACGAUUGAUCGUCGAAUGUUAGUUUCUGUUUGCCUCUAAAUCCAAUGUUUACGUUUUUCUCAUUGGAUGAACGAGCAGUGUAAUGAAUGGAGUGGUCGAAGGAUAAAACCUUGAAACUCAUUGAGCUACUGCAGUUGAAUGCUAAUUUAUGGAAUCCAUCUCUGUGUGAUACGCGCAGAGAUAAACAAAAGCGUAAGGAGGAAUUGCGUGGAAUAGCCGACAUUCUGAACAUAUCAGUGUCUGAUGCUACGAAAAAGAUCCAGCAUCUUCGUACACAAUACAACAGAGAGUCCGCUCGAGAAGCCCGAUCUGAAAACGAAUGUUAUAUUAGUAAUUGGUAUGCUUAUGAAUACCUGCACUUUAUGAAGGACUCCAACAAACCAUAUAGGGUUUUACUAUCGGACAAUCAAGACAUCAAUAUAACAUUGCAGGGAACAGAAAACUCCGCUUCAGAAUGCAAGCUUGACAAUCUACCAACACCGUCGAAAAUAGCACGCACUGAUUUGUUGCACUCAUUCAAACCUGACAUAGUUUACCCAGCAAACAGAGAUGAGUUCUCGGUAUUCGGAGAAUAUGUCGCCAACGAAUUGAGGUCUUUGAAAGGUGAAAAGAAUUUACUAGUCGCAAAGAAAAAGAUUCAAGAUGUUAUAUUUGAAGUGAAAAUGGGCAUGAUUAAUGAACCAAGGGUGGAGCAAGCUGUACAUACGUGUACCGUCUAUACACCAUCAUCCCAAUCUCAUACUUCCAUCCACAACGGGAAACUGUAUACAACUCCAAUCAUGAGCACCAUACCUUUAGAAACAUUAACAACGUCUCAAAAUCCACCAACAACAGGGAUCAGUGAAAUAAUCAUCAACGGUGCAUGCCACUACUCAACAUUCAAAGUUGAUGAACAAUAGCAUUGUCAACCACUUCCUAAUGUGGAAGUGGAUAAAAGUGACAGUUAUAAUAUAAGAAACGAAUAGACUAAAAAAAUCGUGUUAAUUAAUUUGUAGCAUUGAUGUAAUUAGAAUUAAGAGCUACUAUGCUAUACACUGUAUGCAGGGGUGUAUUUUACAAUUUUGCGCCCUUAUUCAAGCCUGAUUUAGGAUUUGAGUAAAGAUGUUAUAAGAUUUGGGAGGUCUGAAAUCAGGGCCUCAUGUGCUGGGUUAAUCUGCUACUGAAGUGUGAGUUGAGUGUGAUUGUUUCCACCAACCCCCACUGCCUGUCGCCUGGGGUCAUAGCCCCUAUUGCCCCUAGGGUAAAUACACCCCUGUCUAUGUCUAGCCUCCAAGCAUGACCACCAAAAACUAUUUUAAUAAUAAUUAAAUAAUUAACUAUUACUUAUUUCCUAAAAGGAAGUUCUCAAUUAUACAAUUUUUUACAUCUUGUACCAGAGCUUGAAGUUUGAAAACCAUUAUAGCUAACUACAUUUUAUUCACUACCACUUUAAACAGGGACCUUAUGAUUUAACUAUAUGAAGUUGAUGAUAUCUGCGAAUUUUGGUCAUGCUAUGGAAAAAUGUAUGUAUCUAUGUUUAUUUAUAGUCAUUUACAUAUAGUAAUCUAGUCAAGAGCUAAGGUCUCAUAAUAAUUUAAGUCACAUCAAUGAAUUUAUAGACAUAAUUAUGCCAUAAUGUGACAUGGGUUGUUGCACGUUAUUUUUGUAAUAAGUACAUGCUGUUUUUAAAUUAAGUGAUAUGUUAGUAUUAACAUUAUGAUAAGUAUACAUAACUAGGAUUUAAGUAGAAAAUGUUUACUUAUAUUUUUAGCAGAAGGCAGAGGUUCUCAAAUGAAUUAGUUUUAUAAAACGACAUAAUAUUUUAUUAAUACAAAAUUCAGAGUUGCCAUUGUUUUAAACAUUUGAAUCACAUGUUUUUUUUUUGUUUAAAAAAUGGCUUCGAACUAAAAAUAUUAUUGUAUGUAAAUUCCACCCCUGGCAAAAUUAGAAACAUUUCUUGUAAGUUAAAAUAGAAUUAAAACAUUGAGUAUCUAUUGUUAAAUUAUAUUUGAGUAUAUCAUAGGAAUAAUAAUACAUAGUACAUAGCUGGUAUACAAUAUUUCUGUGGUUUGUAUAUAAAUACCUACCGGAAUUAAAUGAGCAACCAACAUAUUA